UGUCAAACCAAAAGAGUCUAAUGAACUUUAGUUUGAGAAAAACUUUUGAUUGACGUCGCGCAAUUUUCAAACGCUGUCGAUUUUCCGAAUUUUUUUAAACUUUUUCGAUUUAAAAAUGAGCAGAACGUGUCGUGUGCGCGGGUGUUAUUUAAAAAACAGUGAAGUGAAAUUAUUUUCUUUCCCACAGGACCCCAUAAUAGCAGACAAAUGGAGGCAGAAUUUGCAUAUUGCCAGGACGGAACAUCUUCCACCCCACAACUCAUUUGUGUGUGUAAAACACUUUGAGGCAUGUGUUGUGGGGGGACAAUGUUUGAAAAAGGGUGCCAUCCCCACCCUUCGUUUAGGGCACGACGAUGACCCUACAUACAGCUGUACAAUUCCAAAGAAGCAACGGAGCGUGGUAGGAUACGUGGUGGAAAAGGGUCAUACGUUGUACGAAUUUCCUCGAGGCGGAGAGGCUCGAAAUAGUUGGGCCCUGGCUUGCGACGUGCAACCAGCAGAUUCUGACAGGCUAUAUGUUUGUAAGCGCCACUUUAGUCCAGAGCAAGUAACUCGUUAUAAAGUUUUAGAUGGGGCUGUUCCAUCUUUAAGAUUAGAGCCAGUUACUAGAAGUCGCUCACCUAGUACUGGCUCUGAUUGGGUUUGCCCGCCCGUUACUAAAGUGUACGUAAAUCGUACAGUAGGUGUAGGUGUAGCAAAUGGUCUCACGUUAGAAGAAUUCGCAAAAUAUUCUAUGCUAGAGGAAACAAGGCAGGUACCCAAAAACAAAAACAUCUGUGAGGACUUAGAAAUCACAAGCAGUAGCGAACGAUUUGCUCAGGCUGCUCGUUAUUAUCGGAGCAAUGAAAUAAAAUUAAAAAAAAGAAUUCAAGAGUUAGAAGCAGAAAAUGAGAAGCUACUGCAAAAAUAUAAAUAUUUGUGUACUCGUGCAGUUCUUGCGGAAGAAACUUCAAGCAGUGAUGCUGUAACUUUCGCAAGAAUGAUCGUCAGUGGCCAAAAAAAUCGUUAUAGCGAGGAGGAAAAGACAUUGGCCCAAAACAUCAAUUAUAUGUCCUCCAAAGCAUAUACGUUUAUGCGUGACGAUCUAGGUUUUGCUUUGCCCCAUAAAUGAUCCCUUUCGCGUUGGCGCCCCAUCAAAUAUGUUGUUCCGGGGUUCGAUGCCAAUGUCUGUGAUAAUUUAGAAAAAAUUGUUUCAACUAUGUCCGACACCGAACGCAUAAGCGUUCUAUUAUUCGAUGAAAUCAUCAUCAAAUCGGACUUAAGCUAUAAUAAAGCUAGAGAUGUUAUCGAUGGGUUUGUAGACCAUGGGGAAGGUCAACGCGAAAACAAAAUUGGGAAUAAAUGUUUAUUUUUUAUGGUUAAGGGAUUGUGCUCCAAAUGGAAAUACGUGUUUUCGUAUUAU